AUGACUCUCCAGAUGAGGUUGUCUUUGCUCAUGAUGUUGGUAAUGUUCUGGCUUAUGACAACUGAAUCUUCAAGCCAAGAUGUGAAACCUGGGUGCCAAGAAAAAUGCGGGAAUGUUAGUGUUCCUUAUCCCUUUGGGAUUGGGAAACCUGACUGUGCCAUGGAUGAGCAUUUCUUUCUGAAUUGCAGUUCAAAUGAUGGUGGUGCUGAACUGUGGUUUAGAAGCAACAUGACUGCCCGUAAAAUAUCGGUGCUGGAGGGCACAGUGACUGUAAGCAUUGGUACGGCAUAUGACUGUUAUGACAAAUCGGGGAAUGAAACUCGCUAUUUCGAUCAGUCUAUGAAACUUGGACCAGGCCCUUUUACGUUCUCAGACACCCUAAACAUAUUCACAGCUAUCGGCUGUGAUACGACUGCCGAGGUGAUCAACGAAGAGUUUACAUAUGGAGCUGCCUGCCUAUCCCUAUGCACAAAAUAUGUGAACAUGACAGAUGCGAAUGCUUGCUCAGGUUCUGGAUGCUGCCAAACCUCAAUUCCCAUGGGCCUCAAGUCACUUGAUAUUUCAUCUUAUAGUUUUUUCAACCACUCGAAUGUUUCGGAUUUCAAUCCCUGUGGAUUUGCAUUUUUAGCGGAUACGCGCUCCUUUCAUCUUUCAGAUUGGCCGCUCAGUCGUAUGGCAGAUGGAGAAGAUACAUCAGAUGUUGCGAUUGAAUGGGUAGUUAAGAAUGAGACAUGUGAACAGGCUAAAGCUAAUACAAGUGCAUAUGCUUGUGGCAUUAAUACAAACUGCACUUAUUCGGAGAAUGGUCAGGGAUAUCGUUGCGUAUGCAAUGAAGGGUUCGAAGGAAACCCCUAUCUUGAACAAGGAUGCCAAGAUAUUGAUGAGUGCAAAUAUCCAGAAAGAUACCCGUGUGAAGGUAAAUGCAAGAACACUAUUGGAAGUUACAAAUGUCACUGUCCAUUUGGCAAGUAUGCUAAUGGUGAAAACGGUUGUCAGAGAUUUGGUGGUAUCAUAAUUAUAUCAGCUGUUGGGGCAGCAGUUUUCCUACUGAUUAUUUGUUUCCUACUCUAUGUAAUCUGCACAAAAAGAAGAAGGGACAAGAACUUCAGAAAAAAUGGGGGAAUGGUUUUGAAGCAUCAGCGAGUAAGGAUUUUCAGAGAGGCAGAGCUGGAAAAGGCAACCAACAAUUAUGUUGAAGAUCAGAAACUUGGGGAAGGUGGUUUUGGUUACGUUUACAAGGGAGUUUUAGCAGAUAAUACCCUGGUUGCUGUCAAGAAGUUUAAAGGGGUAGAUAAGGAUCAGCUGAAUGAAGAAUUUCAGAAAGAAAUUGGCAUUGUUUCACAGGUCAACCACAGGAAUGUGGUCAAGCUCUUGGGCUUGUGUUUGGAAACCAAAGUGCCAUUGUUAGUUUAUGAGUUCAUUUCAAAUGGAACUCUUUACAAGCACAUCCAUGAUAAAAGGUCACAGAUAUUAGCUUCCUGGAGCAAUCGUCUGAGGAUAGCAUCAGAGAUUGCCCUUGCGCUUGAUUACUUGCAUUCUCUAGCAGACCCUCCAGUUAUUCAUGGAGAUAUCAAGUCAGUGAACAUACUUUUAGACAACAACUACACGGCAAAGGUUGCAGAUUUUGGAGCUUCAGUGAUGAUUUCUUCAGGCCAAAGCUUUAUAGCCACAAAAAUACAAGGGACUUUUGGCUACCUGGAUCCUGAGUAUCUUAUGACGGGUAAUUUAACCCCAAAGAGUGAUGUCUUCAGUUUUGGGGUUGUUCUCCUGGAGCUUCUCAUAGGACAAAAGCCAAACUCCAAUGCCAAGUCUGGAGAAACAAGGAACAUUAUUGAAUUCUUUAUCUCAGCACUGGAAAAUAAUAAUCUUUUCGGAAUUUUGGAUUUUCAGGCAGCUAAUGAAGGUGAAAUGGAUGAGAUAGAAGUUGUUGCUGAGAUUGCAAAAAGAUGUGUCAACAGCAUGGGCAUAAACCGCCCGACCAUGAAGGAAAUAUCCGAUGAGCUUGCUAAGCAGAAGGCCCUUCAUGAAAGUUUUUGGGCUCAGCACAAAAAUGAUGACACCAAGCAUUUGCUAAGUGAAUCGCCACGCUCUUUCUCCAAAAGUGCAAGUCCUUCCUUAAGUCAUUGUCAGAGCACUCAUAGCGUUAUAUCGUUUCAGAUUGAGUACUGA